AUGGCCUUCUUCAUAACUGAGCACAUACAGGCGCAGGAUUCCGAGUUACGAUGCGACCUGACUCUCCCAGUGUUUACACCCGAAGUUAAGAGAAUGGGCGGCCAGAGUCGAGUUUACCUCGGCGAUCCGACAUCGACUUUCUCAUACCCUGGCAGUGCACGGUGGUCACUGUUCUUGCGCGUUGGUGCUGCCUUCUUUGCAGGAUUCUUUGUAUGUCUGGCUGUGGUUGCGCAAUAUGUCUCAUCAAACCAAUCAUGCUUGUCAUUUUCACUUUUCACUGCUUUACUGCCUACGCACGUGGGAGCACCCGAAUGGCAUGAAUACCCUCUGGCCGAGCCCACCAACGUGUUUCCCUCCAUGUUUCCCUCCAAUGUUGGCCAUCCAGGUCCAACACAAGCAGGUGCCGAGCCUGGUGUAGCUGCUACAGCUCCUUCCUAUCCUUUGCAUUCUGGUGUAGUGCACCUUGUAUCCCCUACACGUUUUUCUCAGGACAAUGCGAAGGCCAGAACGAAGGACUUCAAUAUUUUCCGUAGCUGGGGAAGCUUAUCUCCAUGGUACUCCAUCCAACGUGGAAAAUUUGGUAUUGAUUCUGGUCCAGAAGCCCCCGAUACCUGCAAUAUCACUGGCGUCCAUCUUCUACAUCGUCACGGUGCACGAUACCCAGCUGACUACUCUAGCGGUACUGGGCCGGGUAGGUUUGCCUCGAAGUUAAACAGGAAUGCAGAAAAUGUCACAGCUACUGGGCUUCUUUCAUUUUUGGACGACUGCUCCAAUGCUCAAUUAUUGUCAGGAUUGACGCCUUUUGGGAGGUCUCAGUUAUACGGGUUUCUUCUAAAGGUUUAUUUUAUGUCUCCCUGCUUUGUUCUUCGAUUUGACUAUAUCAUUCAGAAUUUCAGCGAAACAAAUACGUUGCCUGUGUUCAGAACGGCAUCCAAAACUCGGGUGUUAAACUCUGCGCAAAAUUUUGCUCUUGGAUUUUUUUGGUUACCCUCUCGAGGGCCAUUAAACAAUACUCUUGCCCCUCAACGAUCUUGUACCAAUAGUGACAAUCCCAAUCGGGGCUACCGCAGCCAACCACAUGUUAAUGCGUGGAAAGCAGUGUAUCUCAGGGAUACCGUUCUGCAUUUGCAGCAAUACUUCGAUGGGUUUGUAUUGGAUGUUGAAGAUGUUUAUGCCAUGCAAGAAUUGUGCGCGUAUGAGUCGGUCGCUCUUGGUUAUUCCAAGUUCUGCGAACUCUUCACAGAGAAGGAGUGGGAAGGCUUCGAUUAUUCACAUGAUCUUAACUUUUGGUACAAUGUGGCUUGGGGCUCACCUGUUGGUAGGGCAGAAGGAAUUGGCUAUGUGCAAGAGCUCGUGUCUCGUCUCACUCAGACGCCGAUUGAAACGCACAAUAGUUCCACCAAUGCGACACUUCAUAACACUGUCACUUUCCCCUUUGGACACAGCCUUUAUGUGGAUGCAACACAUAAAACUGUGGUAUUAAGUGUCCUUACCGCAUUGAACCUUUCGAGCUUUGCGGCAAUGCGACCAUUGCCCAGCGAUCAUAUUCCAGAAUAUCGCAUGUUUAGGACAAGAGAGCUUGCUCCAUUCGCAAACAAUGUACAGUUCCAGCAUAAAUGGGAUGUGCUCGAUCCAUGCUUUGUUGACGCGCAGAAAGAGAACAUUCGGAAUACGGACUGGGACUUUGCUUGUAAUGCCGAUUUGACGAUCCCUGAUGGAUGGGAAACUACCACGGGCUACCCUCCUCUUUAGAUU